AUGUAUUUUAUCUUUCUUUUUAUUCUCAUUUAUUUCGAAGUGUAUUUGUUUCUCUUUACACGUCUUGGCCUUCAUGACGUUCACUUUCAAAUUAAUAGUUGCUAUUCUUUCGCUUUUAUUUUCCCCAAGUUGUUCUUUCUUUCUUUCUUUCUUUCUUUCUUUCUUUCUUUCUUUCUUUCUUAUCCUUUUACGCCAGUCUUUCUUUCCUUCUUCCUUAGCCUUCUACUCUUUCUUUGUCAGUUUUCUACUCGUUUCUUUCUUUCUUUCUUUCUUUAUUUCUUUCUUUCUUUCUUUCUUUCUUUCUUUCUUUCUUUCUUUCUUUCUUUCUUUCUUUCUUUCUUUCUCAGCUUUUUACACCAGUCCUUCUUUCCUUCUUUCUUAGCCUUCUACUCUUUCUUUGUCAGUUUUCUACUCUUUCUUUCUUUCUUUCUUUCUUUCUUUCUUUCUUUCUUUCUUUCUCUCUUUCUUUCUUUCUUUCUUUCUAAACCCUGUAAUUCUUUUCUUCGUUGUCAUCCUUUUUCUCCUUUCUUCCUUUUUUCUUUCUUUCUUUUUUUGUAUGCCUUCACCGUGUCUCUUUCUUUGUCAACCUUGUACUCCUUUCUUUCUUUCUUUCUUUCUUUCUUUCUUUCAUUCAAUAUAAAGAAGUUCGUUUGUUGUCAAUCUUGUUGGCAUUACCACAACAGAAUCUGCGGUUAA